AUGGAAAUUCCUCAAUAUUUUGCUCAAGAAUGGGAAUCUAUCCCCACCCAGCCCAUGGAACCCGAAAAGAAUUCCGCGUGCUUCGACUGCAGUAUAUGCCUAGACUUUGCCCGUGACCCAGUUGUAACUCUUUGCGGCCACCUCUAUUGUUGGCCCUGCAUAUACAAGUGGCUCGACUCCCAAGGCUCUUCAAACGAGCCCCCCCGAUGCCCCAUUUGCAAGGCUCAAAUAUCCGAGAAAACCAUCGUCCCACUUUACGGCCGGGGACAGUCGUUUUCCGGAUCCGAAGCCGAAGGCAAAGUCAUACCCCCGAGACCAGCCGCCUGCAAUAUCAAGGCUCUCGCAAGCAUUUUGAAUCCCGAACAACAACUUACACCUCCUUAUAAUCAUCAUCAUCAUCAAAUUCAAAGCCGGCACAGUUUUUCGAAUAAUUUUACGAACUAUGGGGAAUAUUCGCUUUCCCCAUUUAAUCUAUGCGGUACAGCAGCAAUGUCUCUUUUUCACCCGACUGCGGGAGUUUUUGGGGAGAUGAUGCACGCGAGGGUUUUUGGUAAUUCGCAAAGUAUGUACACAUAUCCCAAUUCGUACCGUACAGUUGGGAGCCGGAGCCCGAGGAUGAGAAGGCGGGAGUUACGGGCGGAGGAGUCUCUGAACAGGGUCACAAUCUUCUUGUUCUGUUUCUUUCUCUUGUGCCUUCUUGUGUUCUGA